AUGGUGGAUACAGCUACUGAAUAUGAAAUCUUAUCUUUCAUGGACGGAUUUUCUGGAUACUAUCAGAUACGGAUGAGCCCAAAAGACGAGGAACUCACAUCAUUUCGUACCCCAAAAGGCAUAUAUUGUUACAAAGUUAUGCCUUUUGGAUUAAAAAAUGCGGGGCCAACCUACCAGCGGGCAAUGCAAAAGAUUUUCGAUGAUAUUUUACAUAAGAACAUUGAAUGUUAUGUGGAUGAUCUUGUUGUUAAUACAAAAAGACGUGACGAUCAUUUGCAAGAUUUACGUGAUGUUUUCAAAAAACUUCGAAGACAUCAGUUAAAGAUGAAUCCAUUGAAAUGUGCAUUUGGCGUCACCUCUGGAAAAUUUCUCGCCUUCGUUGUUCGACAUCGGUUCAUUGAAAUAGAUCAAUCAAAAAUUGAAGCUAUAAUCAACAUGCCAGAGCCAAGAAAUGUACUACUCACAGCUCCAGUUCCAGGGAAGUCGUUGACUCUUUAUGUUGCAGCACAAGAAUAUUCUCUAGGGGCACUUCUUGCCCAAGUUAACGAAGAAGGAAAAGAGAAUGCACUCUAUUACUUGAGCCGGACACUGGUAGGCGCUGAAAUGAAGUAUUCGCCUAUUAAAAAAAUAUGCCUCGUGUUAAUCUUCGUGGCUAAAAAGUUGAGUCAUUAUAUACUAUCACACACAAUCAAUCUUGUUUCGAAGAUUGAUCCAUUGAAGUACAUAAUGUCCAGGCCGAUUCUUUCUGGAAGGAUUGGAAAAUGGGCAUUGUUGUUGUCUGAGUUCGACGUCAAAUUCAUUCCACAAAAGGCCAUUAAAGGACAAGCUUUGACGGAUUUCCUCGCUGACCACCCAAUUCCAGCAGAAUGGGAACUUCAGGAAGACCUUCCCGAUAAAGAAGUUCUAUUCGCCGAAAUCACACCAUCAUGGAGGCUAUUCUUCAACGAGGCAACCCGAAGUUAUGGUGCCGGAGCAGGAGUGGUCUUCAUCGCUCCUCAUGAUCUUGUCAUGCCCUACUCAUUUGCCUUAACAGAGAAAUGUUCGAAUAAUGUGGCAGAAUAUCAAGCUCUUAUCAUCGGUUUAGAAACAGCUUUAGAUAUGGAUAUUCACCAGCUGGAAGUCUUUAGAGACUCUAAAUUGAUAAUCAACCAACUUUUAGCUGAAUAUGGAGUCCAUAAUUCAGGCUUGAAGCCAUAUCAUGAACAUACAGCAAUGCUUAUGAGACGAUUUGAUUCGAUAAAAAUCAAAUUUGUCCCGAGAAGUGAAAAUAAGGAAACUGAUGCCUUAGAUAAUUUGCCUGCU